AUGUAUUAUUAUCUUCCGAAUCAGGCCAUAAUAGAUGGGUUAAAGGAGCUGAGAUAUAAAGAUGAUUAUGUGAGGUUUCUUGAUGUUGGAUAUAUUAAUGAUUGUAAAACCAAUAUCUACAUUGAUCACUACCACAAGACAAUUAUGGAAUGGAUUGAAGAAGAGAAAUCCGAAAAAGGGGACAAUGCUAGUGAAACAUAUGAAGAUGAUGUGGACUCAAUCAUGUCAGAUGAUAUAUCGGUAGACCAUGAAGUUGAAGAAGAGGUUAUAGAAAUUCUGAAAUCUUUUGAUCUUUUUUUGUCCAAGAAGAAUCUUAUUCCAGAAGGAGGGGUAGAUGAUGAGGUGGUACAAUUUCGUAUUUAUGAUCCCAACCAGAAAUAG